CCGGGGAGUAUAAAAGCCCGUUGCCAGCGCGCACUCCUUCACUCCUGGAGCAGAGCAGACCCCUCUCUAUCUCCUCCUCCCCCUUUCUCUCUUUCCUCCUUCUCGUGAAGGGGGCAGCCUGGUGUCCAGGGCCACAGGGGCCCCCCAAACGAAGUGGAGAAAGCAUGCGCUCCGCCAGCCUCCUCAUUCUCCUCGGCGCCGCGGCGCUGCACUGCGCGUUGCGCGUCCAGUCCCUGCCGGUGGCGCGCAGAGGGAACAUCCAGUGGUCCAAAGAACAGGGGGCAUGGCCAGAGAAGACUCACCAUUAUAAUUUGAAGAAGAGAGGAGGACAGCCGUAUGUUCAGGACACUCUGAAGAAAGACUCGGACCAGGAGAGGGAGCAGCCCCACGCAGACCUGCCCAACAAAAGCACUGCUGACUGGAACAGGCCACGAUGUGGAGUUCCAGACUUCCCUUCAAAGAAGGGAGACUUCCAUCAUUACCGGAACCAGAGAGGAAGCCAGUAUGGGGGACGGCACCGACGCAAGCGCUUCGUUCUGUAUGGGGGGCGCUGGGACAAGACUGACCUCACCUACAAGAUCCUACGGACACCGUCGCAGGUGAGAUUGGAGAAAGUGCGGCAAGUCUUUCAGGAGGCCUUAAAGAUUUGGAGCGAGGUCACCCCCCUGACCUUCACUGAGGUCACCGGAGGCCCAGCUGAUAUCAUCAUCGACUUUGUCAGGUACUGGCAUGGAGACAACCUGCCAUUCGACGGUCCAGGAGGAAUUCUGGCCCACGCCUUCUUCCCGAAAACCUACCGCGAGGGAGACAUCCACUUUGACUAUGACGAGGUUUGGACAUUGGGAAAUAAUAUGGGCACGGACCUGCUCCAGGUGGCCGCUCACGAGUUUGGGCACGUUCUGGGCCUGCAGCACUCUCUGGUGCCUGGGGCGAUCAUGUCCCCCUUCUACAGCGUCUCCUACCCCUUGCAGCUCAGUGAGGACGAUAAGAGGGGCAUCCAGUACCUGUAUGGCCCCAGGCAUCCAGGGACAGGCACUGAGAGACCACCUGAGAGAGAGCCAGAGACACAGCCAGAGAGCCCAACAGAGACACCAAUAGAGAACAAUGACAUUUUUACCCCAGUGCUUGAUGCUUGCCUCACAGAUUUCGAUGCGGUGUCUAUGAUCCGCGGUGAGCUGUUUUUCUUCAAGUCGGGCUAUGUGUGGCGCAUACGUGACGGGAGGCUCCAAGCUGGGUAUCCUGCUCUAGCCUCCAGACACUGGAGGGGAAUCCCUGAUAACAUCGACGCUGCCUUUGAGGACAGGUCUGGAAACAUCUGGUUCUUCCAAGGUGAGAGAUACUGGGUGUUUGAUGCGGAGAGGCAGAUCACAGGGCCUGACUUGGUCGAGCGGCUGGGCCUUCCCAUCUCACACAUCCAGGCAGCCCUGACGUGGGGCACGGGCAAGACCCAGAAGGUCUACUUCUUCAAACAAGGAAGCUACUGGCUUUUCAAUCCAAUGGAGAACCGCGUGGAAUCGGCUUACUCUUACAACAUGGCCAAGUGGAGGGGGAUUCCCAAUGACAUUGACGCUGCCUUCCGGGACCACUAUGGCUUUGCCCACUUCCUGAGAGGGAACCAGUACUGGAAGUUUGACCCGGUGGAAGAGAGGGCUCUGGAGGGAUACCCACGCUACAUUGGCAUGGACUUCUUCAACUGCCCUUCAUCCAUGUAUAAAUAAACCUCAGAAACAAACAGUACUAAACCGACUUGGGUCACAUUGCUCCAAAAACAUUGCAGUAUUAAAGGAAUUGUUUAGCAAAAUCAUAUCAAACUCGCAUAAUUUUCCCCCUGACACCUAAUAUGGUCCAUCAGCCAAGACAUGUUUGGUGUUUGAAGUUUGAUUAUUUAGGUUUGCAUUUGAGCUACGAGGCCAGUGUAGCUAACAAGUAACCAGUUAGCCGUGUGCAAAGUGCAUGUCUUAAUCAAUCUCAAACAGACUUGCUUUUGCAGUUUCUGAAAAUUCAUCACAAUCUUAUCACAAGAGACAUUUUAAAUGGGAAUUCUUUUGACUUUAUGUUUGAUUCAGUAGUUAAGAAUGGACAGUUACUGGGUCUCAUCCACCAACAUCUUUCUUAAACAUUUCCCUGAUAAAGGUCCUAAGAAAAAGUCUACAUCAGAUUCAUGACAUUCUUAAACCACGGAACGGUUCACACCUUUGUGCUCUUGAGUGUGUGUGUGUGGAUU